GUUCGUUCGUUCUUGUUCUGCGACCGCCACCACCACUGUCACCAGCACCACUACCACUUUCUUUUCUGCGACUGCAUACAUUGUAAAGCACAGUUUCAGAUUUGCCAUGGACAACAACAACGGCGGUAAUGACGACGGUCGUGGUCAUCGUUUUGGUCACAACUUCCAUCUACCAACGUCAAUUCAGAACGUAUUUCGAAAUAUAAAUCAAGCUUUUUCCCAUAAUCAUGGUCAUCCUGCACAGCCGGACUCUGCACAGGAAGUCGUCAUGUCUGACGCGCCCCCGCUCGAGCCUGUAGACGCUCACGCGCCCGCUGUAGAUCGCGACAGGACUCCAGUUCCAGAAACUUCUGCCCUGCCGCUCCAGACUUCCCAGUCUGUACCAUUCGCUGAAGAUGUAGAUAUGCUACCUGCUUCCAGCAUCCCAUCCUUACAAGCUCAGCCCACCCGCGAUGACGAUGAGGACUCCAUGCCAGAGCUGCGCUCCGUGUCAGAUUCUGAUGAGUCUGACGACAGCCAAUCCUCUCGUGCAGAGACACUACCCAAUCUCCUGACAGUCGACGAUGACCAUGACAGUGACUGGACGGAUGAUGAAGACGAUCUACCACCACUCGAGCCUAUCGCCGGGAGUAGACGCGCUCGGGUGGAGGAUGAUGUAGACGAAGCGCGGGAUCGUAGGCAUCCUUCAGAGCGUGUAGGUCGUCCUGCCUCACCUCCUAUCCCUCCUCCACAACCGUCUAAUCCCGAGCAGCGUCCACCUACCGGUAACCAGGCAUUCCUAGACGGCUUCAUGGCUCCCUUAUUUGGGAUGAAUACAAUGCCUGGUGGUAAUACAUUUCCAGGACCUGGUCCUGGCGCUGAGAAUAUCGCGGUAGAACAUACUGGUUUUACUUUCACAAUACCUCUUGGAGGUCCUCCGAAUCAGAAUGGAGGUGGCCCUGCCCCACCCCCAUUUGGUGCAGCAAACGUGCAACCCGAUGCUGCCGGAGGUCGGGAUGGUUUUCUCCAAGCAUUCGCAGAUUUCUUGCAGCAAAUGCAGCAAUUUGGGGGGCUUGAUGACAAUCGAGAAGAUCCUGAACGAGCGAAGAAACUCAUUGCGGGUCUGGAGGCCGUACCCAUAGGGCUCGUAAAGCGCUUGGAAAGAGUUGGUGGUGCGCCUGGUGGACACGUAGAUGGUGCAGAGGCUACCGAAUCUUCCUCUCCGGGAUGUGCAAUCUGCUGGGAUACUUUAUUGGAUGCCGAGAGUGAUAGCUUCAAAGCAAAAGCUCCAGAGGAACCACCCGCUGGAGCCAGCACCGAAACUUUGGAAGCUGAAUCAAAUGCGCCGAUGAGCACCGAUUCUGCGUCUGCUCCAUCGAUGCCCACCUCGACAGAUUCAGACCUGCUGUCUAGCUCCCAAAGCUCCAACUUUCCGUUAGAAACAUCCGUCCCUGAGGAACCCAAAAUCAUCUCCCUCCCUUGUGCUCAUGUCUUCCACGAAUCAUGUUUGCUCCCCUGGUUUACAAGGGCGAAGCAAGCGACGUGUCCAACAUGUCGGUUCAACAUCGAUCCCGAGAACCUUACCAGUUCGCCGCUUCCUUAUAACCCUUUCAACUUUGGAGCGCCCCGUCCAGCUCCACAAGCAAACGGUGCUGCUCCUGCGACCCAAGCAGUUCCCGGGCCUGCACCUGAUGCAACACAACCCAUACCAGCUUCUACUGCCGAACAAGCUGCAGCAGCUCCUCCGCCUGCAGGACCCGCCGUCCCUGAAGCUGCAGCUGCUGGGCCAGCGCCUCAGCCUGCAGGUAACCAACGCUUCACCCUAUCGAACGGCGUGCCUGUAGGCCCCGGAGCCACUGUACAUAUCCUGCAGUUUCCCGGAGGGAACGGAUUCCAGGACUUCUUUCGUCGUGAAGCAGGAGCUGUUCCCACUGGUGCAGGUCCCAUGCCACCGCCACCACUUCCUCGCUCCCGUACGCAGUCCCUUCCUAACAUUGCAGAUAACCGUCCUUUCGGCGGGCCACAAGCAGGCGACUUCUUAACCAUCGGCCUCGAUCUGAUCUUCGACGAAUCGUUGCCCGCAGAUGCGCCACUGCCGCAGCAGCAGCCUCAGACACAGGGGCAGUCCCAGCCACAAGGGGAGCCGCAACCACAGCAGCAGCCUCAGCCUCAAGAUGGGACCCAGGAGCAGCCACAGAACCAACCUCCAGGGCCAGCUCCAGAGCAAAGGCAAGGCCAAGCACCGCCUGUCGGCGAGGUGCCCCAGGAGUUCCAAAACUUUAUCAACAAUCUCAUUCAAAGUGCUACGCGUACCUUCAUCCCCGUCCCAAUCUUCAACAACGGACCUGCUGCACCACAGGGGCAGCCUCAGCCUGCACAAGGGCAGGAGCCACCUGCCGACGGAGCACAGGUUCCUCCUGCUAAUGCGCCUCCGCCCCCUCCAGGUGGUGCAUCCCUGCCGAUACCGCCAUUCAACUUCCCACAUGCGCACCCCAUCCGCCCGACGCGGCCAAUGCCUCCACGCCGCGAGAGGAAGACAUGGAUGCUGCCUGCCGCACCCGGUCCCUCGCUGCGGCAACGCGUGGAACAGAAGGAGCGCGAGGCGGGCCUGCGGUGCUACGAUCCCUCGUGUGGCAUUGGCCCGUCUGACGAAGACCCUGUCCCUGAAAUACUGGCUGAAUCAAUGAACCAGCUCUCAAUACAUCCAUUAUCACAUCCUGGAGAAGGAUCUUUGUGUUCGCACACAUUCCACCCUGCGUGCUUAGUUAGUGCGGAGCGCGUUGCCGGAUGGGGCGCGGAAGAUAAAACGGAGCUGCACGUGGAGGUGUCGUGCCCAGUGUGCCGUGAUUUGGGGUCCGUCACGAGGGAGGAGUGGGAGGAGGGCGUAUUGGCUCUCUGAAUGAUCGAUCGAUAUUGUGAUCGUCCGUUCAUUUUACAUGCUUCUUGGAAGUGUACCUGUAUGGUGAGUGACGAUGUGUAAUGUUAGGGAAGCUGAGUGUUCUGAUCGUGUACAGUCUUGUCUCUAGUAAUGAUGUUUCAUAACCCCACAAAAUAUGUGACUUCUCAGAUUAUUUUACGUCUCUAGAUUGUUACUUCCAUCGCCCGUCAUCGCAACAUAGUCACGUGUAUGUAUGCCUCAUUCUAAUUGCACACGCGCAACAUAUGCAUUCAUGAACAUUUGAAAAUUCAUCGAACCUUAUCGCCGCAGCCAGAUAUAUAUGCUA